AUGGCUCCGAGUUUGCGGGCUGCGGUCUCCAAUCUGCGCGCUGUCUCUGCGCCCGUAGCGCCCUGCCUGCCGCAGCCUUGGGGGCUGCGGGUGGGCGUCGUCCGGGUGCUGCGCACCCGCCCUGCUCUGCUCUCGGUGCGAAAAUUCACAGACAAACGUGAAUGGAUAACAACAGAAAAUGGCAUUGGAACAGUGGGAAUCAGCAAGUUUGCACAGGAAGCUUUGGCAGAUGUUGUUUACUGUAGUCUGCCUGAAGUUGGGAAAAAAUUGAACAAACAAGAUUUUAGUGAGGAGUUUGGUGCUUUGGAAAGUGUGAAAGCUGCUAGUGAACUCUGUUCUCCUCUAUCAGGAGAAGUAACUGAAAUUAAUGAAGCUCUAGCCCAAAAUCCAGGACUUGUCAACAAACCUUGUUAUGAAGAUGGGUGGCUGAUCAAGAUGACACUCAGUAACCCUUCAGAACUGGAUGAAUUAAUGAGUGAAGAACAUGAGAAAUAGAUAAAAUCUAUUGAGGAGUGA